AUGGGUACUCGAUUAGAAGUUAUUGGGCUGAAAGAUAUCCAGGAGUUCCAACAGCUCUACAAGCAAAGCUGGCCAAAAUAUUGCCAGGAGUACUACUGCCUUGAUAACUUUGUGGAAUUUCUGAAAAAACAACCCCACAUGAGGAACAUUAAGAUGUACACAUUGGAUACAAAACAAGCCAGAGAUGAAGGUCUUUUUGUCAUAGUGGAUCGCUAUCAACUAUUCGUAGGCUGCUUGAACAACACAAACGGCCUUGUUAGAAAAGCUCUGGAUUUGCUGGACUGGUCGACGGGUCUGAAAUGCAGUUCAAUACCCUCCAGACACAUUGGUGCCCUGGAUAGUCUGGUGGAGUCCAAGAAGUUGGAUCUGGUGUUCAGGGACUGCACGAAUUUGUUUUUUAUGAAAGCCGAGGACGCUCUCAAGCUGAGAGUCGAACCCCCGACUGGAUUUGUUUUAAAAUCGCUGAGCGUGGCAGAUGCUCCAUUGGUCAACGCGGAGUGGCCCAAUCAUCAUGAGGGAUCUUUGUUCUUCGUAGAAAGGCAGAUUCGCCUGUGCGUCAGUGUUGGAUUGUACCAGGAAGACACUCAGGAACUAGUUGCCUGGUGCAUUAGGUUACAAGGCGGCUACUUGGGCGCCCUGCAAGUGAAAGAUUCGCACAAGCGUCGUGGAUUUGGCAGUGUGGUGACGAGGGAAAUUGCAUACCGCCUAGCUGCCCAAGGUCACGAUGUAAUGGCCCUCGUGGGCCCCUCGAAUAAGCCUUCAUCGGGGAUGUUUAGCAAACUGGGCUUCCAGGUCAUCGAACAAUGCUUCUGGCUAAGAACGGAACCCACCGAGGGGCAGUUCACAUGGCCCGAGGGCGAGUAGUAGUUGGUGUUUAAAUGUCUGUAUUAAAAUAUUACGACUUUCGGUUGUAUAUGAAUACAAGUUUGGUAUAAAAAUA